AUUGUCCAAACUACUGAGUAAUAAAUACUAACACUACCUACUACCCUAGUGAACGUAAUACCAAGCUACAAAGAGUAAACAAAUAUAUAAUAAAGAUAAUAUAUAUUUUUUUCCUAAAUCGUAAUUUAAUAAUAGACCAAUGGCUGAUGAUUUUAUACCUCUAAAUCAAAGCACGCCUGUUCAGGAUAGGUGGAAUGGGCGAAACCAUAAUGGUUACAACAAGACUGUGCAUCAGCAAAAUAAUAAUUACAGACGUAACAGUAAUCAAAAAUGGAUGAACAAUUCACACAGAAGCAUUAGUUUUGGGAGUGAAAGUAAUAGCAGCUAUACAAGAGACACUAAAAUAAGUAUAGAUGCCUACCUCCACCCAUCAAUGUUACAAGAUCCUUGGGCACAUCUUCGAAGGAAUAAUUAACUUAAGAGUCAUCAAUCAUCAAUGUUGUUUUAUAAGGAUCUUAUUAAGCUGUUAAUGAAGUAACAGAAGCUAAGAGAUAAAUUGAGUAUAAUAAUCAGAAGGGUUAGAUUAGGCUGUAAGUCAAAUAUAUUCCUAACAUUGAGGAGUCAUACUGUGGUGAACCUAAUAAAGUUUCUCUAAAUCUUA